AUUCCGAAUGAUUUGUAGGUCGCUCUCUGAUUUGAAAAGUCUUCAGCUGAUUGGUUUCUGUUAGUUUGGUUUCGCUAUCUCCAAUAACGCCUCCGUUUUUAAUUACUUAUCAAACUUUCAAAUUUCACAAUUCCUAUCCAUUCCAAGUCUCCUACUCAGUUUUGUGGAUAUAAAACAACAGUGUAUUUCUCUUUUAGAAGUCGUACAAACAUAGCACUACCUACAUUCAAACAUUCAAGUGAAAACUUAUAGCGAUGUCUUUGUCUACCAUUAAGAAACACAUAGCACGAUGUAAUCAGUUUUUAUCCGAAAAAUUGGGAGCUACCAAGGGCAUGGACAAGGGUCCUGAUUACAAACAACUAACUCAGCUUAUAGACUCAUACAAAGCCUUUUAUGAAGAUGUACAAAAGCGCGUUAUUGACUGUUUAGAACCUAACCCUAAUGCGCGAAAACGAGCAUGGGCUAGUGCUGCCGUAAAUAAAAUUCAGGGAAACACAAACAAUGAGAAUUAUCCUCAUGCAGAGAGGUUUCUUUCUGACUGCUUUUUGGAGUAUGGAAAACAAUUAAGUCAGCAACCCGGUUUGAGUCUGGCACUUAUUCAAUGUGGAGAAGCAUACAAUAAAAUUGCUGAAUCAAAAAAUCAGUCGGUAGAUGAAACAAAAUCUGGCUAUUUACAACCGAUUUCUGAGAAGUUACACCGAGAUAUCAGGAAAAUAUCAGUACUUCGAAGAAAAGUUGAAAAUAAACGAUUAACGUUUGCUCAUAGAAAAAAUGUUCUAGAAAAAACCAAUGCUCACCCGGAUCAAGCAUUUGAGGAGUGUAGAAUUCAGUAUGAAGACUCAUUGGCAGCUAGUACAGCAGCUAUGUCGAACUUUUUGGAUACUGAAGUUGAACAAAUCAAAACUUUGUCUAGUUUCGUUAAUGCUCAAUUAAGCUUCUAUCAGGAUGCUGCUCGAAUUUUAUCCGAUCUACAUGGAGAACUUGAAGUGAGAUUGCUGGAUGCGUAAGUCUGUGUACUGCAUUUCUGUCAGGAUGAUUUUUGUUUAAAAAUAUGGAAAAAAAUGAACCAAUUUGUUCAUUAAAAUCAAUUUCUAUUGUUACUAUGGUUGAUAAACUCGGAUUUAUUUUUGAUAUGGGAAAAAAUGAUCAACUGAGAACAUACAUUUUAAUUGUAUUUUUUAAAUAAAGUUUUUGGCUCAGUGGAACGGGGAUUAAACUUUAGAAACUCAUUGAAUACCUUAAAUGUAAUCGGAUCCCCACACGACUGUAAAAUUUCAAACAAUCUCAUAUUGUGAAUUAGAACAAUAUGGGAGUUAUUCAAAUUUAUUUUAUUAUCCUACUGUAUUCGUUCUAAUUAAAAUUUAUUGGCAAGAAUAUAAAACUUAGACCGCCUAGAGCAUAAAUAAACUCACUUGAAAAGAAAACACUUUACAUAAACAUCGAUUUUAAGGGCGAUGGAGUUACAGACGUCCUAAAGAGGAGAAUUUAUGAUUCUCUAAACAGAACGUUCUCCACAGCAACUUCGCGAAUACUGUUCUUCAGCCGAUCAAUGAUCUUAAGGAUAUAUUAUCUCAUAUGACCAACUCUUUGUCCAUUUAUAAACUUACUUGUUCAUGUGGAGCCAGGUAUAUAGGUCGUUUAUGAUAAGUCUUGCGAAUUGAACGCUAUAUUCGUUUCCUAAGCUAUUCUGGAAACCCACAAGCUAGAACUACACAGCGACCUGAACACCAGAGAGAAGACGCAAGGUAUGAGAGAAAUACUUUACUACAAGGUUCAUUUUUGUACAUAAAACAUGGGUAUUUAUAGAUGUUAGCGUUUGUUAAAUCAACAUCGUAUUUCGGCCAAUCCGUUAACGACAUAUUAUGCUACUGACCAAUAAUAGCACGCCACGUCGGAAUUCUAGAAUGCUCCAUCGUGCUCUGAUUGGCAAGGACUCUUCGGCUCCUUUUGGGCCUCUGGAGGCUCCGUUGAAGUUCUCCGAAAGUCGACUCAACACCUCCCCCGAAUAAGAUUUCUUUCUAGGAUCUACUUGUAGUUUGACAACUGGGUUGCGGCGGCGUCCCAUUAUUCUUGACGUCUUCCUUGUCUGAGGCUUCUUUUCAGUGUUCUUGGGCUUGUGUGGCAUUGGUAUAUCUAAGAUUAACUCUAACGGAAAAUUCGGCCGGUUUUUUCGAGUCUGCAUCGUUCUUUUGUCCUUAUGGAUUUGAUUUGUGUGUCGUAUACACGUUCCGAAAGUUCCUCGGACUCUGUACAGAACUCUUCCCAAUUUUUGUACAACUUCUCCCGGCUCCCAUCGGUUCUUCUCGAUGUAGGAUUUAAUGAAAACUUUGUCGCCAACAUUAAAGUUCCGGAUACAUGGAUUGUGACUGCGCCCAUCCACUAAUUUGGAUGGCAACAUGGCGCUGAAGACGGUUCGAAUACGCCUUCCGAACAUGGCUUCCGCAGGAGACUUGCCGUCUGGAACAUUCGGGUUCGGGGUGGAUCUGUAGGAUGUUAAAAGUUUUGUGAUUACCUGCCCAGUCGUCCCUUCGCCUCCCCCUUUCAGUAAUGCUCGUUUAAAGGUGUCCACAAAGCGUUCUGCUUGUCCGUUUGAUUGCGGAUGAUAGGGUGGAGGACGAAGAUGAGUUAUUCCGUUUGCUCUACAGAAAUGCUUAAACGAUUCUGCGGCGAAAUGCGAGCCGUUAUCCGUUACUAAGGUCUCUGGUACUCCGAAACAGCUAAACAGGGUAGACAACUUUUGGAUUGUUUCUGAUGUUGUACAGUUCGGCAUGGUAUAUACUUCCGGCCAUUUAGUAAAUGCAUCUACGAUAAUUAGAAACAUUUUUCCUUGUAUUGGACCAGCGAAAUCUGCAUGAGGUCUUACCCAGGGUCCUGCAGGCGUAGGCCAAUACUGAGGUUCGCAUUUCAAAGGAUUUUUAGCGGCUUGACGGCCAAUAAGCAUAACUACGAGCCAACGAUUUCAUUUUAUUGAUUCCAGGAUAGCCACUGUGAAACUGCUUGAGAACCCUGUGACGUAACAACUUCGGAAUAACAAUUCGAUCACCGAACAUAAUACACGAGUCGACAACCAUUAGUGAGUCCCGCCGAUAAAAAUAUUGUAAAAGUUCUCCAUCAAGGCGAUUGUUCGGCCGUUUUGUCGAGAGAUAGCAUUUAACUGUGCUGUGGAAUGAUGUUGAUUUAACAAACGCUAACAUCUAUAAAUACCCAUGUUUUAUGUACAAAAAUGAACCUUGUAGUAAAGUAUUUCUCUCAUACCUUGCGUCUUCUCUCUGGUGUUCAGGUCGCUGUGUAGUUCUAGCUUGUGGGUUUCCAGAAUAGCUUAGGAAACGAAUAUAGCGUUCAAUUCACAUGACUUAUCAGUUUGAUACGUAUUUUAUCCAAAAGAAUUCAGGAAAAUUACUCGGCUUGGCUAAAAAUGAGGUGGAGACAGCUCAGUAAUUAACCACCUUGUGAACAAAGAUCUUUCAAUCAACGCGGGCUCUGGGUUCAAAUUCAUCUACAACUGAAGUAGAAAACUGCCGAAAGCAGUUAUAUUGUAUCUUAACACUGCAGAAGCAAUUACUAUACAACUGGUAAAACCAGACUUAUAUAUUUAAGAGAAUUUGGUACAACCUCUUCUUUUGCCAUGGUCUUAACACCUCAUAAUUUUCUUCAUGCUUUUCUUCCGUCGCCACCAUUUUCUCUUUCUAUGUUCUCCAUAGACGUUUUACCCGAAACUGAUUUAUUUCUGUUUCUGAAAUCCUUCUGAUUACAGUCCAUCUCAAUUUCAACAUUUUAUCUUAUCACGCUAAGCCUUCUCUUCCCAAUUAUAAUUUCCGUCUAUCAAUUAAGGGGCGAAUGUACUGUGCAGCAGUUUGUUCUGUUCUACUUUACAACUGCGAAACGUGACCAUAAAGAGUAGAAGAUACUCGUAAGUUACUAGUAUUUGAUUACAGAUGCCUUGGAAACAUUGCUCGUAUCUGAUGGGAUCACCGGGUAAGUAAUAAUGAGGUUAGACACAAACUAUUAGGGAAUGAUGGUAAAUCAGUUGAUGAGAUUGUAAAUCUUCAUCGAGUGAGAUGGUCUGGCCACGUGUCACGUAUGCCUGAACACCGUUUACCAUGACGCACAAUACUGACUAGUAUUGGAGAUGGCUGGAAGAAAGUUAGGGGUGACCAAACCAAAAGGUGGCAUCAGUCAUUGAAGUAACUUACUUUUGGUCUGAGCCAUGUUAGAAGAUGCGGACUACUUGCUAGUGAUCUGAGUGACUAUCGUAACCAAUGGUUGGAGACUGUGGGUGACAUGGCUCAUAAUCGACCAUGAUGGCGUCGGUGUAUAUACUCUCUGUCUUUCCUUAAACCAUGAGACUAAAAUUACUUUAUACCUUUUUUUCUACGAACCGGUUCUUUGUUCCUGUAUUAUAUCCUUAUACACAAUCUUUCUUUUAUAUAUUACUAUCAUUGAAGUAAGUACUUGUAUGAAUUUGGUGUUGAUGUUGUGCUAAUGAGGUGUGGUAACGUGGUCAGAUGUAUAUAUGUACCUGAUCCUACGUUAUAGCUGACUGGCUGACUGAUAUCUUCUGUGUCCUAUCCAGGUUACCGAACGGUUGUCUAUGACGUGGUGGGUAUACCUACUUUGUCUCAUUCUAAUCACCCUAUUGAACUUCAUUAAACAUUGUAUGUCACAACACUCUUCCCAAAUCAGAAUAUAUAUAUAUAAUUUCGAUUUAUCAACUCGUGCUGAUUGUUUAAUAAUGAACCACUCCUCAUAUUAAGAUCUAAUCUUGGCCAAAAAGCGGAUUUGUCAGGAUUUUAUCGUACUAGCACCAUUGUGAUUGGUAUUGAACAGCUUAGUAUCCUCGAUCUGUUCAUUUAUUUUUUUUUUCAUGUUAUUUGUUUUUUACUAUCUGUCCUCUUAUUGUUGUUUUUCGAAAUUUAUUUACUCUCGGACCAAUAGUAAACAAUUAGACAUAAAUAAUAUAGUAUUUGGCAAUAACACAUAUUAGUUCAAGUUGCUAUACUUUAAUACAUCAUCAGGACAAUCAGACGAUAUUUCAAUAAAAUCUACUGACCAAUAAUUGGCUAUGGUUUUUGUUUUGUUGUUUUUAAACGCUUAGUAAAACUAUAAAUGUUCCACUCAUCACAAAAUUGUUUAUUCUGAUUUAUGCAACAGUAUAAAAAUUAAUGCACACAUACUCUCCCUCUUAUACCAUUGAAAAUCAUUAAUUUGAUCAUUUUAAAUUCUUUGUUUAUGAUUCAUUGUGAGAAAAUUUCUUUCACUUAUAAAAUAGGAAAGUCUAUCAUUUUACACUUGAUCAUAUUAUUUACACACUUCAUAAAUUCUAUUUCCAAUAUCUAAUUCGUUAUACUAAAUUAUUAGUUAGAUUAGUGAAUAACACAUUUUACUGGAAACGUUCGUCUGUAUAUGUGAAUGAUUGUUUGUUCGCUUACUUGCAUUCUGUAUUCUUUAUGUGAAGUCAUUAACUGUACUUGAUUUAAUACUUGAAUGUAUAUAAUUUUUUCACUAUUUAAUCUCUUCUACAUAUGUAGAAGAGAUGGAUGAUGACUAGGCGUAUAAUUAAGGACGUGAGUUCCGUUCUAUUCGAGGCUCGUCAGCUGGGUGUACCUGUUGAUGUUCACUCUGGAACUCGGUAUAUAUAUAUAUUUUUUCAUUAGUUAAUUUUCAUUUUAUUAUUUAGUGUUUGCUUUUCUUAUGUAUUAUUCUAGUCGUUACAUAUUUUUGUAUCCUUUUACAUUUAGUUACAUUAAUUAUAAGAAAACUUCCUCCUUAAUUGACUAGUAGAUUACUUACAUACAUUGCUUUACUGGCUUAUUUUUUAUAUCACCGUGUAAAGCUAAUUUACCAGCUUAUGUCAAUAAUUGUCGCUGUAACCUUAUCCUGUAUUGUCACGUGUACAAAAUAUGUAACAAUUCUUGUUAGUAAUUUUACUAUUCAUUACUGCUUUUCGCAUAUUUUAUUUUAUCUUGACUGGUUUUUAGUCGUUAUAAUAGGCUAAUUAGGAGGAAAUUGGCAUGUAAUGAAGUGAUGAAUCGGUCAAUAAAGUUGAAAAAUCCAUAAAUGAUCUAAAACUACGCAGACUGGCAGACAAGUCCUGAAUGGUUAAAUUACGAGAGCUUUAAGCAUGGUGAUCUCUAGUUUUAGCUGUCUGAUUGACUGAGGUAUUAGCCAGGAUCUAGGAACUGAACGGAAUCACACCUAACUACUCUCGAUCUCUGAUCGUACCAAGCUUUAAGAAGGGAUAAAAACCCUCUUUUAGUAAUCAAACUGAAUCAGUUUGACUUAUAUAGUGUUUAAAAUAUUAGCUUCAAUAAUCAUCCAACACUUAACUAGGGCUCGUGAAGAGCGAACUCGGGAAAACUAGGCUGAUUUCACACCUCGAUUCGAAUAUGUAGACCAAAUAUUCACCUUUCGUCGGUUUAUGAAACAUAGACAUACCUACUCCCUCUCAACCAUAAAUGUAUUUCUCGACCUUAAGGCUGCAUUCGAUUCUGAUGAUAGUGCAUACGAAAGAAGCACAGUAACCUUUCGUAAAGCCAUUGUGAAUUGAACUGAACCAUGGUAAUAGGUUUAGAUCACCUGAUUUGAAUCCCCUUGAUUAUUAUAACCAGUAACUAGAGACUUUGGGUAAUACGGCUCAGAAUCGUUCUCAUUGCCACAGGUUCAUUCACUUUUCAUCUCCUUUUAAACCUUGAGUCCUGAAAUCUUAUACCUUUUUUUACUUGUACUGCACCUAAUCUUUUCUAAUACUGCUGAUAUUGUUGCUAAUUUUGCCUCUUUGUGAUUUGUCUUGAUAACUUUAUCUCGCUGUACUAAUGUGGUUUGACAACUUGAAGCGAUACACAUAUAUGCCCUGUUUUACGUUGGACAUGACUGGCAAUAACUUUGUACAGGCUCUCUGUUCGAGAACUACUGGUGGGGUUUGAAUAGACUCUGUUUUCAAACUUAUGUUUUCUUUCAUAUGUUUAAAAUCACCUUUCAUUAACUUCAACAAUUAAUUCUGUUUUCAUUUUAACAUCCUUACUCUUGUUUUCACAUAUUCGUUUCGCUCUAGACUGAGGGACUCUUCAAGAACAUGUUAAACAUACCAAAUAUUUAACAAAUUAUGUAAUUCAAAGUGAUUUCGUCAAGUGGUGUUUAAAAAUUCUGAAGUGCUUUUUCUCCACUCAGUUUUUUCACAAGUUUACUUUUAAUGGUAACAUUUUCUUGAUGACGGUUCAGGUGAUGAUAUUUUGUCUUCACAUUCUUCUAUCUAUAUGUGAAUUAUGUAGAUAAAUUGAUCCUAUUCGAUGGAGAUGCACCGAUUUAGAUCAUUUGAUAUUUUACAUAUUUCAUAAAUGUAAAUUUUCUUUGGCUGUUUCGUUCAACAUAACAACCACAUAAUGUGUGUAUUCAUUGUUACUUUUUAGCUAUUUUUUUCUCCAAGCACUGAUUUUUAAAGCAAUAAUUUUUUUUAUGGCCGACCCAAAAUUAUUGUGUAUUAUAAGAUAAAAGAUCGAAAAGAUUUUCACUCAUACCUCUAACAGCACUAAGGACCUACUAACUAUGCAAAUUUAAUUUUAAUCCAAUAUUUGGUCACCUAGAUAUGGUUUCUAUAUUUGUUUUCUUUAAACAUUUGUUUAACCACAUAAACAUUGGUACAAAUGGGCACCAAAAUGUGCAUGCGUCACACAAAGUAGUUAUCAUUAAAUUUAUUUGUGGGUUGAGAUACUGUUUGUGUGUGUAAACUGGCAUAGGUGGUUUUUUCUGUGGAGCUACUCCCUGAGCCUUUGACUUAGAGAUCCAAUCCAUAAGGCAAUGGAGUAACGUUGACAGAUGCAGUCCCAUGGUAGUCUGUGACCAAGAAUAUUUAAAGCAAUUAUUAUUAUCCUUGUCUCCUCUUGCCCCCAUUCCCAGUCUAGCUGACCUUUUAUUUUUAUAUAUAAAUGUUCUUAACAUGUAUAUGUGUGAUCAAAUUGUUCGAAAUGUAUUGCGCUAAUAUAUCACAUAGUUCUGAUAAUCUUCGUCUUCUUAUUACAUUAUCAAGACCAAGAAUAUGUUCAUACGCCAUUGGCUCCCCUUGGAUUGUGGAGCCCAUGUGCACCAUGAUUUGGAAUGAGCUUUUUCCAACUCCGGGUGGAAUUUUCGUACCUACCAACCUGGUUUAAGCACCGGAUAUCCGCUUUUCGUCCUCUCGAUCUCGUAAACACCCCCGUCCUGUGAAGGCAGUAAGUUGGACUUAUGCUUGGUUAUAUGAGGGCAUUUCGAGAAGGAGAGUGGAUUACUCACCCUUGGUUGUACCAGAGCAUUUGAGUGGCUUUUCGAUGCUAUCACAUAUAGUGUUUUAUAAACAGUUGAUUGUACUUAUUUUCGACACUAUUAAUUAUAGAACUAAUUUAUUUAAUUAUUACAAUUGCUUACAAUCUGUAAAUUGUUUGGAAUUAGAUUAGCAUAAAAUUAAUAUUUAUAGUGUAAUGACUAUGAGUAAACUACUGAGUGAAUAUGUCUAAUUUGCUGACAGAAUGAUGUUGAUAUUUAGAGCAUAUUAGUAUCUUCAGCUACUCAUCUUGUUCUUCAGUAGUAUUUUUUUGAAGAAGAAAUAUAAUUAUAAAUAGAUUAAAAGGAAAAUGUUUUACCUUGGAAUAGAAUUUUUCCAAAUCGAUAAUUUACUAUAUUACAGUACUGGUGAUUUUCCGGUGUCCAGCUCUUAUUUAUUUACCAAUUCUUAAAUAUAUCAUUAGUGUACUACAGAUGUGUUUCAUUGUUUCGUCUUUUUUAGGUGUGAUCAUGCAAGACGACAAACUCCAUAUCCUGUUAGUUCAAAUGAUGCUUUACCAGAUAUACCGUCAUUAUGUCACGAGUCUACAAAUUUCCAAAUAAAGCCAAAAUACGAUGAUCAUUCAAAAAGAACACCUCAAUGUGUUGCUUUGUAUAAUUUCACUGCUGAAAGUCCUUUUGAAUUAUCUUUUUGUAAGGGCGAAUCGAUCAACUUAAUUGAACAGAUUGAUGACAACUGGUAUUUGGGUGAGCUAAAUGGACAAGAAGGUCAUUUCCCAACAAAUUUCGUCCGUGUAACUUGUCCUUUACCAUGAAAUUCGUUUUUUUUUCUAAUGCAGUUGAUCUUUUAAUUCCUUCGUGAUGAAGUCUUAUUUCCAGUUUAUGCCUCAUCUCACCUUCCUCCAUGCUAUUACUGUUAGCAUGCUCUGUUUUUUUUAUAGAUUUUCUCUCUACUUAUGGUUCGUUAAUGAGUAUACACUUAAAAAUACACAUACAAAUACACUAGAUGAUGUAUUUAUCUAGUUUCCAUUAGAAUUACGACAAUAAUUUCAAAGUUUCUACCAAUAGAGUAAUUAUUCAACUCCUUGCUCUAUUCUUAUGUCUUCCAUCUAAUUUAAUUGUGCCUGAAACAUUAUCAUCAUUAAGUGCUAUUGUAUU